UUUUUAUUGUGUUUGGAAAAAGAAGCUCCUUGAUAUUUCUAAUAAAUGUAAUACUUACUAGACUAAAGGUCCUUUUUUGGGUGUUUUGUCUGCAUGCUGUAUGUUAACUCAAAAGGCAUCAGCCAGGUGCCUCUGCAUAUGCAGGUAAAGAGCUGUGACAGCAGGUAUGUUCUGCCCAACACAGAAGGAUCUGUGGCAGAUGGCUUCAAUAUUUAACGAACCCUGAAAUAUUCAUCAUGGCUGCCUUUGUUGCUCGCUACAUGUUUGUCUUAUUUGGAUAGAGUAGGCAUCUGCUUGGUAGAAGUCCUUUCUUUCCAUUGGAGGUUAAUAGAACAACGAUGCCCCCCCCACCCACAAUGAAUUGACUUCAUUCUACUACACUACAAAUCCUGCUUGUGUCUGACACGUCUAAGAAAGCUACUUAGCCCUCAGCAGCACUUUAAUCUGCCAGUCUACAGCUGUAAUCUCGGGUGACCAGGUCAGAGGAGAGUGCUUGAGAGAAAGACAAGCAGAUUAGCAGAGAAAAUGCUGAUGGAGUAGUUGCCUUUCUGCCAUGCUUUGGAAGUUAAUACUGUGACAAUAUCACACUCGUCUCCUUGAACGUAUUCCUAUCUGUGAUGCUAAACCUUCUGUGACGUCAGUGGACCAGUGGUAUCAUAGAUCAACUUUUUUCGGGGGGGUUCUUUCUUUAAACGUCAGGUGAACAAGAUGAGAUCUUCUUCGCUUUUUUCUUUAAUUGUCUACUAAGUUGCAUUGAGCCGAUUUCUCCAUGCUUCUAAGAAAGAGCUGCAGCCUGGAAGUUUUUUUCAUUUGGAAACCUAUGUAGAUGCCUCUCAGAUGCUCCAUGUGCUGUUGUUGUAGGACAGGAAAAGCCGCCAGGAUGGAGGUGUCCUGCCUGGAGCUGGCGUUGGAGGGUGAGCGGCUCUGUAAGGUGGGUGACUACAGAGCAGGCGUCUCCUUCUUUGAAGCUGCUAUUCAGGUGGGCACAGAGGACCUGCAGGUGCUCAGUGCCAUAUACAGUCAGCUUGGCAAUGCCUACUUUCACCUGCAUGACUACGUCAAGGCUCUGGAGUUUCACCGGCAUGACCUCACCUUGACCAGGACAAUAGGUGACCUAGUAGGAGAAGCCAAAGCCAGUGGAAACCUUGGGAACACGUUAAAAGUGAUUGGGCGGUUUGACGAGGCUGUGGUUUGCUGUCAAAGGCACUUGGACAUCGCUAGGGACAUUAAUGACAAGGUGGGACAGGCGCGAGCUCUGUAUAACUUUGGGAACGUGUACCAUGCCAAAGGCAAAAGUGUCUGCUGGAGCGGAGCAGAGCCUGGAGAUUUCCCAGAAGAGGUCAUGAUGGCUUUGAGGAAGGCAGCGGAGUUCUAUGAGGCAAACCUAGAGAUAGUGAAGGACCUUGGAGAUCGCGCCGCCCAGGGUCGAACUUACGGUAACCUUGGCAACACGCAGUACUUGUUGGGAAACUUUCGCAAGGCUGUAACUUCUCAUGAACAGCGCUUGCUCAUAGCUAAAGAGUUUGGUGACCGUUCGGCUGAGAGACGGGCGUACUGCAACCUCGGGAAUGCCUAUAUCUUUUUGGGGGAGUUUGAAGUGGCAGCUGAGCAUUACAAGAGGACGCUGCAGCUGGCGAGGCAGCUGAAGGAUCGAGCUGUGGAGGCCCAGGCUUGCUACAGUCUGGGCAACACCUACACGCUCCUCCAGGACUAUGAGAGAGCCAUAGACUACCACCUCAAACACCUCAUCAUAGCGCAGGACCUGAAUGACAGGAUCGGGGAGGGCCGUGCAUGCUGGAGUCUGGGAAAUGCUUACACUGCACUGGGGAACCAUGACCAGGCCAUGCACUUUGCUGAGAAACAUCUGGAGAUCUGCAAAGAGACUGGUGACAGGAGUGGGGAGCUGACCGCUCGUAUGAAUGUGUCUGAUCUCCAAAUGGUUCUGGGUCUGAGCUACAGCACAAAUAACUCCACCUUAUCAGAGAACAAGGACAUAGACUAUAACCUGCAUGGAGCAAGACCCAGGAUGAGCAGAAGGCACAGCAUGGAGAACCUGGAGCUGAUGAAACUCACUCCUGACAAGAUGAAUGGUCAGAAGUGGAACAGUGACAUCCUGAACAAACCGCCCAAACCCUCACUGGCUAAGAGCUCUUCCAAGCUGUUCUUUGUCAGCCGCCUGCGUGGGAAAAAGUACAAGGCUGGUGGCUCCAGCAAGGUCCUCCAGGACACCAGCAACACCUUGGACACUAGCCAGACGCCAUCACAGGGGCCUCAGAAGCGUCUCAGUCCCGACAUGUUUGGAGAUGAGGGCUUCUUUGACCUUCUCAGUCGUUUCCAAAGCAACCGGAUGGAUGACCAGCGGUGUUCAAUACAAGAUAAGGGCAGCAGGUUAUCGUUAAACAGGGGCCCAGAAUCACCUCCCAGAGCCAUCAGGAAAUCCGUGUCAGAGUCCGCCAACGUCUCAGGAGCACAAAGCCGACGGGUAGAGGAGUCGUCAUCUGCAGGGGGAAGCCUGCCCGGUCUCCGGCUUAAUCAAAACAGCAACCAGGCCGUGCUCAGCCACCUGAUGGCCAACGCUGACAGCGCUGAGCCUGAUGAUGACUUUUUUGACAUGCUUGUCAAGUGCCAGGGGUCCCGUUUGGAUGAUCAGCGCUGCGCCCCUCCCCCUCCCCCCGUCCGUGGGCCCACUGUGCCCGAUGAGGACUUCUUCAGCCUCAUCAUGCGCUCUCAGGCCAAGCGAAUGGACGAGCAGCGCGUUACCCUGCCUUCGACAGCAAACACUACAGCCAGGCCUAGCUCCAACUGAACUGAGCAGAAGAAGGACAAUCGUUCUCGUCAUAAAGGUGUGAGGCAGCGCUGGGACUGACCAGUGGCCUUCCUUUGGACAGGACAAAGCACUGUCAGUGUUGUAUAGAAUCUCAAAUUAACAGGAACUCACUCAACACCAGCAAACUCUCAGUAUCAGGGACAAAAGCGUUUUCUUCUCUUCAGGGUUUUUAAUGACUCUAUUAAUUUCAUUCGUUGUGUAUUUUUCGAUACACAGCUGCAGCUAUGAUUGUAUUUGUUGUACUUUCAAUGAUUGUGAUUCACUGCCAUCCAGCUACUAGGAGGACACAUGCAGUAGGUGGACAGUGAACAUAGAGGGACAGCACUCUUUGAUUGUUUUUGUAUUUUGAGCUACUUGCUUCUAAAAGAAGAAAGCUAACAUGAGCGAUUUUGGUUUGAUAAAAUAAUGAAUUGUGUACAGCUAUUAUCCCCUUUUGUACUAAUGAGUGAGGUCGUGGGAAUAAAGCCUCUUUCAUGUAGAUUUUAAACUCUAAAGCAAAACGAAGCUUGUGUAAAAGACACUUUAUUGAACGUACCAGCAAACAGUUAGCUUCAAUUAAUUUAAGUCACUUUUAAAAAGAAUUAGAAAGGCUCAAUACAAGCGCCACUAACAUUUCCAAAUAAUACUAAAAACUGUAUGUACAUGAACUCAAGUAAAAUAAAUACAUUUAUGUACGUA